CCUACAUCCAACAUCUCUUGAUCGUCCUUCAAUUUUCAUUUGCUCCUUUUCAAUAUGGCUUUCAUUGAAUUCAACAAGUCUUUGCUUAUUGCUGCUAUUUCCAUCGGCUUGAAUCCUUUGCUUUGGAACAUUGCUGCGCGCUCCGAAUACAACAAGAAAACAUUGACAAAGCUUGCAAAUGGAAACUCUCUUAAGGCCUGCUACGCGUUGGCUGCUUGUAUUUUCGUUGGUGGAAUUGUACGUGAUUUGAUUUACCAAAAUGCUUUAAAACAACAGCCUACCUUUAACUUGCUUUUAAACCCUUUUCUUCAGCUCUUUUCCAAAGCUUCGUUUGUCGUCGGAAGUGUUUUUGUUUUGUCGAGUAUGUACAAAUUAGGUAUUGUUGGAACCUAUCUCGGUGAUUACUUUGGAUUUCUUCUUCCAACACGCGUUACUGGAUUUCCAUUCAGCGUAACUGAAAAUCCAAUGUACAAUGGCUCUGCACUUUGCUUUCUUUCUACCGCUCUUCGCUACGGUAAGCUCGCGGGUCUUCUCUUAACUUUAGAAGUCUUUCUUGUUUAUCGUUUAGCUCUAAUGUUCGAAGAACCUUUUACCGCAAAGAUUUACGCCGCUCGUGAUCAAACUCAAGGUAAAAAAUCCACUUAACUAAUUCUUUCUCAAUGAUAACAACAAGCAAGUUUACUUUGCUUACUAUACAAAGUUACAAUUCGGAUAAAAUUAUGUUUAUCUUCCAAAAACAGAAUAGAUUUCAAUUUUCUUGAGCGUUAACUUGAUUUUCUCUGAAGAUACCCACCCAAAGAAAUGAAAAGUUACCCUACCUUUUUAUUCCUUUUAAACCAUAUACCUGUAUUAUUAUAACUGUCUAUUCACUUGAAAACCCAAAAUCUUCAUCUUCAGACUCCUAAACCUUUUUCCAAAAAAAAAAAUAAACUAUCAAAAAAAACUAAUUAUCCCUUAUUCCUUACUUUUUUGCUCUUUUAAUGGAUUGGACUAUUCUGUUAAGAUCCUCGCCUUUAUCUUGCUUCACGGAACCACGCUUCUUAACAUUCUUUUCAACUUUUCCUUCCUCUGCUUGUUCCAAAAGAUGUCCACGACGUUUUAAUCCUUCACCAAGGAUCUUUUCUGUUGUCUUUGUCUUCUUGAAGUGAGGAUUUGUAGGAUCCAUAGCAAAGUUGUGAUUGGAAUAUAACGCUUCAAAUCGAGGAUCUGAGACAUUAACCUCAAAGCCUUCUUGCAAGCCUUCCAGUUCAGCAGCCUUCUUCUUCUGCUUACGUCCCUUUUUGCUUUUCUCGGCUUUCAAGAUACUCUUCAUGUCAAAGUGAUCUAGGUGCUCAGAGUCAUUCGCAUCUUCUUUAACAAUAGCUUCAAGUUCCUCCUUUGUUGCAGAACUGGGAUCUUCCUCAACUUCGGUUGGUUUUGCGGAUUUCUUCUUACCAUUCUUUACAGAACCUUUACCUUGGAAGAAAGGAUCAUCAAAACCUAAAUCUUCUUCCUUUUCUCCAUUCACUUCCUCUUGCCUGACUUUUCUUAAUUCUUUCCUUCGUUGUUUCCUUUCAGCAGCUUUGCGUUUGUAUUUUUCUAUGGUGGUUUCAUCUUCUUCACCCCCUUUAUCUUCUUUUUCAUCUAACCCAGAGGUAAAUGUCACCUCCAUAUCACCAUUUAGGCCUUCUGGCUUGCCUGGCUCUUCAAACGGAUUACGUUCAGCUUCAUCACCUCCAUCUCCAUUUAGCAAUUUUUGAUAACGCGUGCGCAACUCAUCGACAUCUUCAUCCUCCGAUUCGCUAGAUGCAACAUAGGCGCUAAAAUCCAAAUCUUCAAGGUCUUGAGAUGUAAAUGCUUUUUUAAUGAGAUUUUUCCGGUUUGGGUCAUCUGCAUCCCAGGAAAGUUUUACUUUAGAAUGCUGUAGAGCAUCAGUCACAAAUUCACGAGGUUCAUACUUCUCAGGAAUCUUUGUACAAACUUCUCUGGGCUCAUCUUCUUCAAAGCUAACGUCAUCAGGAAUGAAACGCAAAUCAUAUAUGUUUGCUGUAGUUUCAAACUCAGCACCAUCACAAGCAUCGUAUAUAGCUUUCGCGGUACGAACUUUGUCACAUUCAACGACUGCGUAAAAAUAGCGAAGUCUUUCUAAUUGAUAUUGACGUAGUUUAACCAUGUCGAAUUCAGCACCCAAAUCCUCUUCGACCAAAGCUGCUUGAUCGUCGUCAGAUUCAGAUUCUUCUUUUUCGUCGAACCCAUAUUCUUGAGCUUCUUGAAGAUCAUUCGAGGAAGAGUUCCCGCUUUUUGGGGUAAAAAUUUCACGAGGAGGGCCUUGAACGUGCUCAACACUAAGUCGUUGUUUACCAAAUUCACUGGGAUAAAUAGAGACCUUUUUCAGCUUUCCAGAAGGAGGACAAAAAGAAGAGAGCGCUGCGAACAGAUCAACUGCUUGAAUGUUAUCCCAAUCCAUAUUUACGACGGCCAGUCUGCUAGUCUCGGUACCGCGAGGAAUACGGUCUUCAGUUUCUAGCCCAGCAAGCUCAGUAACUUCUGGCUGAGCUUCAGCCUCACUUUCUUCAUCACUCUCAUCACUCUCAGAAGUGCUUACGAGACCUUCACCGCGAGCUGGAUCAAACACAGGCUCUUCGUCUUCGUCUUCUUCUUCUGAACUUUCUUCUUCUUCUGACUCCUCUUCUUCUUCUUCGGCUUUUAAGUCUUCUUCACUGACUUUCUUUUCGUUUUCAUUUUCGGGUUCAGAUUCUUCAGAAGAGGAUUCCUUAUCCUCAACAUCAUACAGUUUUUCAAUUUCCUUCGCCGAUUUGUCUUGGUCUAACUUUCUUCCGUAUUUAUCUACACUAGCUGUAGUUUUAAAAUCUUUGUCUUCCUUCAAUGAUUUGAAACGUUCAUCAACUUUAACUUUCAAAUUGCCACGGCGAACUUUCGAAAAUCUGGGAUCUGAAUGAACAGAUUGAAAACGAGGAUCAUUAACAAUUUGCUUUCCAUUACUAUGUUUUUUGUUAAUUGGUUUCUUUUGAUCCCCCAUUAUUAAAGAUUAUAACGAGAGUGUGGGUUUUUCAAAGUGUUGUAUGGGUAUAGGUGAAAGUACAAAUACUUGGAACAGCAAAAGACGAGGUUUUGGUAAAGAUUAGCGUAAAAGUAAAG